GGGUUUGUUUUGCAGCCUUGAACCCUGGGAAGUCCUCGGGCGGGUCAACUGGAUUGGAUGUUCUCCUUAAAGCUUUCCACUUUAUUGAGCAGCAAAGCGACAAAACUUGCUGCGACGUGGCUAUCAAGACCAAUUCGCGAGAUAAGUGGCCAAAAAUCAAAGGGAAAAAUGGCUACCAAACUAGCUGGAGAUGAGCGAGUGAGCGCCCUUGCGCCUCUCAAAAGUGCCGGAUGGACCGAGGUCAACGACAGAGAUGCGAUUUACAAAGAGUUCCUUUUUAAAGACUUUAAUGAGGCUUUUGGCUUCAUGAGCCGGGUCGCAUGCUUGGCUGAAAAGAUGGACCACCACCCUGAAUGGUUCAACGUUUACAACAAAGUGCAGGUGACCUUAGCCUCCCAUGAUGUUAGUGGAAUCAGUGGACGUGACGUACGGAUGGCUACAUUUAUGGAGGGCAUAAGCAAGAAGUGAAGAUAAUAUUUUUUGGUAACCCCGAUGAGAUUGUAAAAUGCAUUUCCUGAAAUUUUAUGUAGUUGGUGUUCAAAGCAAAGGUAGAAAAUAGAUAUCCAAGCAAAGUAAAAUGUUCUUUUAUUUGCUUAUGUGUUGCCGCGUCCAAAAAUAUUUCAUAAUA